AAACUUUUGGGGAUGUCCAGGCGCACAGUAUACCGACGCAUGGCUGAGUCUGAUCUCUCAGUAAAGGCAUUAUACAGCACUAUGACGGAAGAAGAGUUAGAUCAGUGUGUGAGAGAGAUUAAGUCGAGGCAGCCUCACUCUGGAUAUCGAAUGAUGAAGGCCCUUCUGCAAGCCAGAGGACUGAGGGUGCAGUAUAACCGUGUCAGAGCCUCCAUGCACCGUGUUGACACCACUGGUGUCAUAAGCCGUAUGGUCCACGUAGGAUGUAUUGCUCGACGGACCUACUCGGUUCCAGGACCCCAGUCUUUGAUGCACAUAGAUACAAACCAUAAAUUGAUUCGCUACAACAUUGUUGUCUUUGGUGGUAUUGACGGUUUUUCCCGUAAGAUAAUGUAUCUUGGUGCAGCCUCCAACAACCUUGCAUCAACCACCCUGACUUUCUUCCUAGAAUCUGUUGAGAAGUUUGGUUUUCCUCUCAGGGUUCGUGCUGAUCAGGGAGUGGAAAAUGACGACGUUGCACGCUUCAUGUUUACAGUCCGUGGCACUGGAAAGAGCAGCUUUAUAUCCGGGAAGAGUGUUCACAACCAAAGGAUUGAGCGGCUUUGGAGAGACCUGUGGGCAGCUGUAACAUGCAUCUACUAUGAUGUUCUCCACUACCUGGAAGAAGAGGGCUUCCUCAGCAUCGCCAAUGAAACGCACCUCUUCUGCUGUCACUUCGUGUUUCUCCCACGCCUGCAGGAUGACCUAGAUACUUUUCGCAAUGGUUGGGACAAUCAUCCCCUGAGAACAGAAAGCCACAUGACCCCUAACCAGCUGUGGGACUUGGGUCGUACACAUUACCCAAUUCCAGGACCAGAUAACACAGAGGGCAUGGAUUUUCUUAACAUUGAGUGGGAAAACAGCGGACUUCCAUUUGAUGACCAGUCGAGCAUCAUUGUUCCAGACACAGCAUGCCCCCUGACCGAUGGACAAAUGACAGCAGUCCUUUGGCUGCGAUACUUACAUUGCUGCUGUUCAAUUUUGUGAGCAGUUUCUUGGUCUGUGAAAGAACUGAUCAGAAUGACUUAAGUUUUGAGUUGAGAGAGACAAUUAAUCAUUUUUUGCAUAAUCUGAAUUGUAUCUUUGUUAUUGCUUUGGCAAGAGGAAGGUGCAGCAUAGUAACAUUACAAAAAUGAAAUCAGUCCAGUGCAUUUCACUUUAAACACCUGUAUUAACGGUUUACUUAAUGUAACACAAGGAAUGUUAGAAAAAGAGCUUUCACCCCCUUAUAGUUCACUUAACUCCUGCUUCAAUGAUAUCAGUGCAGAGAUUGUUUACAAGGAACACGUUAAACUGCAAAACUUAAGAUAUAUAUGUAUACCACAUUUUUCUGUGAAAGCUGAGAUUGACAGAUGACCCUAACUGUUCCUAUUUUCUCAGUAACACUUAAGUCCCCCUAUUUAUUGCGUAUAAUCAGCAUAUAAACAUGAUAUAUUACAGAUGCAGUUAUAAGGACA